AAUCAAAAUCCCCAUAUUACACACAGACAGAGACACAGAGAGAGACACAGAGAGACAGAGAGAAAGAGAGAGAGAGCGAGAGAGAGAGAGAGAGAGAGAAGAGAAGCUUGUUGUUGUGUUGGUGGUGGCGGUGGGGUGUGAGGAGAGGACAAUGGAUACACCGGGGAAGAGCCAUGAUGCCCUAAUAAGCUCUGCUUCUGCUUCCGCUUCCGCUUCCAAUUUUGAGGAUUCUCCAGUAUUUCAUUACAUCAGCAGUCUUUCCCCCCUCGAAUUAGUCAAGACUUAUGGCACCAACCAGUCAUUCAGCUUGCUAAGUUCUGCAUCUCCCUUAGCUGUGUUUACUUCACCUCGAAUAGACACCCACAAGGAACAUCCUAAAUUUCAGAGUGGAAGGCAUCACUUGUCAGGCUCAUUAAUACACAGCUUCUCUGAGACUGAUAAUAAUCCUAGCGUCAGAGUUCUGAAACCAGUCGAGAAGCUUGAUGCUGCUGGUGGGAAAUCAGGGACCCAAGCUGUGAUUUCAGCUGGACGGCAUGACAUUGUGCUGACAGAUCACGAUGUUGCAAAUCAAGUUGCUAUUCAUUCAACUGCCGCGCAGGGGCAGGAAGAUGCUCGUAGAAUAGUGUCCUCCAAUCCAUUCGUUGAGGGCAUCGAUGUAUGUGAGAGGAACCUCCGUAAGAUAUGUCAUGCUAAGCAGAGCCAGGAGGAUCUGAUGACAUUGGUUCCCGCUGCGGAUUCUGAUGUUAUGACCUUCGAAUCAUCCAUAUUUAUCGGGGAUGAAAUAGUUUCCACUACAGACAUUAUCCAUAAUCCCGAUAUUAGUGCUCACGAGGAACCUGGACUAGUCUCUGCUGGUCUUGCGGAUCCCUAUGUGGAAUCUAAAUUGGAGCAAGAACUGGCUCUAUCUGCUCUUGUCCCAUCUCAUGCAGUGGUGCACGAGCUGGCAGUGAGUGAUUCAAGUGCGGAACUGGAUGAAAGAAAUGAAAUUGUUGCCAGAUCUUAUUCCAAGCAAAGUGCUUUACUAAGGCGCUGCCUAUUCUCUGAGAUGGCCACAACUAAUAGAAACUCGACGGGUAGUUCCAUGUCUAUUUCGGAUAUCGGUAAUGUUGUCAGAUGGGACUCUGAGACAUCUGAUUUGCCGUUGCCGUUGACAAGUUCGUGCGGUGCUGCAUCUGCCUCCGGUUAUUUGAUGUCUGGAGAUGUAUCUAUCGUGGGCUACUCAGACGUGGAUAAGAUAUUCUCCCAAGGGAAUGAUCUGGUUCCAUGUGAUGAUGAAGCUCUACAAACUGAGGACGAUCGUCGUAUAUCUGGUCUAGUUUGCAAAGACUUGGACCAAUGUUGUCCUCUAAUGAAAAGGAGCAAAUUCGAAGAUGACAUGGAAAUUGCCUCCUGCAAGCGCUGUAACUGCAGAAGGUCAAAAUGCUUGAAGCUUUACUGUGACUGCUUUGCUGCUGGUCUCUACUGUAUCGAGCCUUGUUCAUGUCAAGAUUGCUUCAACAGACCUAUUUACAAAGAUAAAGUUCUGGAGACCCGCAGACAUAUAGAGUCCCGCAAUCCACUUGCAUUUGCUCCAAGAGUUGUCAGAGACACAGAUUCUUACAUGGAGGGCGAGGAGCAAGGAACCAAAACUCCUGUUUCUGCAAGGCAUAAGCAGGGCUGUAGAUGUAAAAGAUCAAGUUGCCUGAAGAAAUACUGUGAAUGCUUUCAGGCUGGAGUUGGCUGCUCUUUCAACUGCAGAUGUGAAGGAUGCAAAAAUGCAUACGGCCAUAAGGAUGAAGAACUGCGAGUACUGCAACAAAGAGAUAUAGAAGCUCAUGAGAAGGUCAGAUCUGAUAUGGUCUCAAAAUACGAUGACAGCGAGGAAGAGCAGCAUGCAGAUCUCCUUAAAAGACCCACCACACGAGACAGAGUUUGGGUUACCUUCCUGAAGAGCCAGAUUGGAACUUCCUUAUUAAAUGAUGGAGCUCCUAGAACAUGUUCAACUAGGAACCUCGAAACCUUAUGCACCUUCCCUGAUAAGCACAAGUUCGAGAAGCAAGAAAAGAUGACUGCAGAUGCUGAAAAUCGAGAUAUUAAUCGAGGGUCUCCAUCAGGUGAUUACCCACCUCCAGCAACUCUGAAACACUCCUCGCCGAUUGGAAGUGGGGUUUCCCAUUCAACUCCUCGGAGUCGGUAUGCAUCGUCGACUGCUAUGCGGAGCAGUAGAAGAAGGGUGAUCCUGAAAUCAAUCACAUCCUUUGAAUCCCCGGAUUCCUAAAGAUGAAAACUGAGUUUGUAAGAAGGUAGUUCUACAAAUCCCAAGGACACAUGAUUGUAAAUCAUAUAUGAUCAGCACCCUGUACGUAUCUUAGCAGUCUUCAGUAUAAGUGUAUUCAGUUUUGAAUUGACUCUUGAUCGUGUAAUUCGUCUUGGUGAAUGAAACCAUAACAUAUUAUU